AUGAGAAUUCACACAGGACAGAAACCAUUUUUUUGUGAGCUGUGUCAUCGAAGGUUUACUGUAAAGGGCACUUUAGACAGACACAUGAGAAUCCACACAGGACAGAAACCAUUUUUUUGUGAGCUGUGUCAUCGAAGGUUUACUGAAAAGGGCAAUUUAGACAGACACAUGAGAAUCCACACAGGACAGAAACCAUUUUUUUGUGAGCUGU